UGCUAAGUGAAUCCGUCUUCAAACUAUAAAGGACAUCUCUUUUCGCAAUGAGAACUUCUAUUAAACUUUCCCUGAGGCUGGUGGCGCUCCUGGUUUGCCUGAUCUCCUGUCAGGCCGCGCUGGAAAGGGAAAACAUCGAGGGCAAUAACAUGGCAAAUCACAAGCUGAGUGGCGUUAUACAGUGGAAGUAUGAAAAGAGACCGUUUUGUAAUGCAUUUACAGGCUGUGGUCGGAAGCGUACUUAUCCCUCUUAUCCGCCAUUUACGCUAUUGAAACGCAAUGAAGUCGAAGAAAAGCCCUAUAACAAUGAGUAUUUGUCCGAGGGUCUAAGUGAUUUGAUCGAUAUUAAUGCUGAACCCGCUGUGGAAAAUGUCCAGAAGCAAAUUAUGUCGCAGGCAAAAAUCUACGAGGCCAUCAAAGAAGCCAGCAAGGAAAUCUUCCGACAGAAGAACAAACAGAAAAUGUUGCAGAACGAGAGAGAAAUGCAACAACAGCUGGAGGAGCGUGAGAACAAAUAAAUCGGACAAAUAUCGGAAAAAUUGGAUUAAUGGGACACAAAUGGACUGGAUAGUUACCACACUGGAUUUGUUAUUGUACAUAAUAUCUUUAUCUAUGACUCUUUGAAUUGCAAAAGAUUCUACAGCACUGGCAUGCAUUCAAUAAAAAUU